AUCACCGCCCUGAACUGUACACGCGUCCGGGAGCUCGACUCUCGUUCCGACUCGACGAACAGGAUAAGUUAAGCGAGCACAAUGCCUUUCAAACCCGCUGAUAACCCGAAGUGCCCGAAAUGUGGCAAAUCAGUUUACGCCGCUGAGGAGCGCGUGGCUGGUGGCCUCAAAUGGCACAAAAUGUGCUUCAAAUGUGGUCUGUGCCAAAAAUUGCUGGACUCAACCAACUGCUCAGAGCACGAGGGUGAACUGUACUGCAAAGUGUGCCAUGCACGCAAAUUCGGACCCAAAGGCUACGGCUUUGGUGGCGGCGCUGGUUGCCUCUCUAUGGACACCGGCGACCACUUGAAGGGCGAGAAUGCGGGGGGUGUGAGGACGAACGGAGCUUGUCUGGAGCCCCGCUCUAUCGCUAAAGCUCCUCCCGGCGAGGGCUGUCCUCGCUGCGGUGGCUAUGUGUACGCUGCAGAGCAGAUGUUGGCUCGCGGUCGGGCGUGGCACAAGGAGUGCUUCAAAUGUGGCGACUGCAUGAAACGGCUGGACUCCACCAACUGUUGCGAAGGUUCCGACAAAGAUAUUUACUGCAAAGUCUGCUAUGGCAAGAAGUUUGGUCCUAAGGGAUAUGGUUACGGAAAAGGCGCUGGUGUGCUGCAGAGUGACCCUUACGCCAAUGGUGAUCAAGCACCUAAGACCACCGUGAUUGAUACUGCAUCCAUUAAAGCCCCGCCUGGCAAGGGCUGCCCGCGUUGCGGUGGAGUUGUGUUCGCUGCUGAACAAGUUUUGGCCAAAGGCCGCGAGUGGCAUCGCAAAUGUUUCAAGUGCCGCGAUUGCACAAGAACUUUGGACUCCAUCAUUGCUUGCGAUGGACCCGAUGGCGAAGUCUAUUGCAAAACUUGCUACGGAAAGAAAUGGGGACCUCAUGGUUACGGAUUCGCUUGCGGCUCUGGCUUCUUGCAAACCGAUGGCUUAACUGAGGAAGAGAUAUCUGCUAGCCGUCCUUUCUACAAUCCGGACACGACCAGCAUCAAGGCUCCGAAGGGCCAAGGUUGUCCUCGUUGUGGUGGGAUGGUCUUUGCUGCCGAGCAGCAGUUGGCCAAGGGCACUAUGUGGCACAAGAAGUGCUUUAACUGUGCGGAAUGUCAUCGACCACUGGACUCGAUGUUAGCGUGCGACGGUCCCGACAAGGAGAUCCAUUGCCGCGCUUGUUACGCUAAGCUUUUCGGGCCCAAGGGAUUCGGUUACGGUCACGCCCCUACUCUCGUCUCUACAGACUCUGAACCGACAGUUACAUACACAGAACAACUUCCAUUCACUGGCCAAAAGGCAGCCAAAGGGCAAGGUUGUCCUCGGUGUGGCUUCCCUGUUUAUGCCGCUGAACAAAUGCAUUCAAAGAAUGGAUCGUGGCACAAGCGGUGCUUCUCGUGUGCAGACUGCCACAGAUCUCUUGAUUCUACUAACUUGAACGAUGGACCCAAUGGCGAAAUUUACUGCAGAGGUUGCUACGGUAGAAACUUCGGACCCAAAGGAGUUGGUUUCGGUUUGGGUGCAGGCACAUUGACCAUGGCAUAAGAAAUCAAUAUAAAGCUGGACUUUAUAGGAACCAUUUGAAAAAGAAAUGGUAGCUUGAAAGGAAUUUAAUCUACAUAAGACAUAACUGCUGCUACCUAUUGAACUAUCUUACCAUUUGUUAAACUGGAUUUAAUAAUGGUGGAUACUAUGCUUACAUGAGACUAAAGGAUUGAAAUAAUAUUUUAAAGUUAAUAUUUUGUGUAUUGAACUUAUAAAUUAAAGGUUACAUUCCUUUCACAAAUGUACAAAUGGAUGAUGAAUGUGUCUGGGCCCUUAGUUUAUAGAUUCUUCAUAAAAUAUUGUAGUUUUAAGACAAAUAGACAUAAGAAUAUACUAGGUAUGUACCUAACAAGAACAAUACGGCAUUGUGAUUUUUGUAACCUCUUAAUAUCAUGUUUUGGGUAUUGAGGUAUAACUAUCCUGUAAACGCGUAUAAGAUUGCAUUUAAGCAAUCAUUUCGACCGACCAGAUCUUUAUAAGAAGAUCUGAAGUGUCUGUAUAUUUUUAUACACCAAAGAUUUUUGUAUAUAAUUUUGUAAUUCUAUUAUUUCGAGCACAAUGAGUGCAGGAAUAAAUUUUGACUAUGUAUACGCUUUCAAAGCUUUCGCUAUAUAACAUUCAUUUAUAAAUUCGGUUUAUGUAAAAUUAAGUCAGCUUAUUGCAUAAUAACAUUAUAUUGUAUUAGAAAAAAAUGUAUAAGAUGAUUUUAUUUCAUUAAAAUAGGUCGUCACA